AUGGCUAUUCUCCAACCCGUGAAGCAUGCUUCGUAUCUAACAAACCCCGCUCCUACGACAGCGCAGCGGUUCAAGGCUUAUUCUUUGCCAGACACCUCACGAUCGCGACCCAAUAUCAUCCACCCUGGCGCACCGCGCUGGCGCAUACCGGCCGACCAACUGGAAGCCGCUGAUAUAGAUGGCACCCUGGAUGACAGAUUGCGUGCUGCCUUCCGUCCAUCGCCCUCAGACAGUCACCCAGCCUUCCACUAA